AUGAGCCUUAGUUUCCCAUUUUUCCCUUGUUUUUGUAGAUGUCUGAUAGCGAGUCAUUCUCCGAGCGCGAGCCCAACGCGUUCGACGAGGAGUCAUCGGACGGUCUCUUUUGACUCCGAUGUUGAAGCGGUAGGGCCUGAUGCCGAGGAGGGGAGCGAUACCGACGUCGAGAUACUCGGCGAAAGGCCUAGCCCAGUUCCCACACAUGGCAUCGGGAAGGGGCUUAUGACCGCUCCGGUACCGUUGUCUAUAGUGUAUAGCGACGGUCGCCACGUGGGGCUUGGCGCUCCAGGGGAGGCAAGCGGUAGCCACCAGCCAGAGGCUUCUACUUCCGGCCGUGGUGAGGCGGCUACCGAACCUUCCAUCCGGCCGAGGGUAUCUGUAGUCUACCCCGGCAAUCCUAGGGUGCCGAUGGGGGUUCCGAAGGAGCUCGUCUUCGGGGUGGAUUAUCUGGAGCCCAACAGGAUCACCGAAAGGGAGAUUGCGAAGUUCCGGGCGGAGUAUUUCAUUCCAGAUUCGGUAGGUAUGAGGAUCCCACUUCCUACCGAAUCUCUAAGCAGUCCGAAAGACGGCGAGGUCGUCUUUUUCACGGACGUGCUUCUGCAGGGGGUGAGGCUUCCUCUGCAGCCUGCCGUUCAGAGGAUCCUGGCGCAGAUCGGCUACGCUCCCGGCCAGUUCAACCCCAACUUCUGGGUGGCGCUGAUGGGGGUAGUCACAGCCUUCGGCAUGGCUGGGGAGGGAGAACCUUCGUACGAGCAGUUCUCCCACCUUUACAGCAUCACGAAAUCAAAGUGUGCCGAUCACGGAGGCUGGGUCCAGGCCAAUUGUCUGAAGGCUGCCGAGCGUGGUCACUUCGUCAAUGCCGUUCCGACCUCCCAGAAGACCUGGAGGAAACGGCGGGUGCUUUUGUCCGGUGACUGGGAGUCGCCCUCGGGACAUCCCGUCCGUUUCCAUAUCCCAACCACAUUCCAAAUCGCCGGCAAGUUGAAGCAGCCGAGUGCCACACAAGCGGAGAUCCGGCAGAUCGAAAGGGUCAGGCUGAAGGUUCCUGCCGUUGAGAGGGUCUACCCGAAGUUUCUCUUCACUGCCAAUCUCAUUAAAGCCCGGCUCGUCAACCCUGCCGAGAUGACCGAAGAGAGGAAAGCCGCCGAGGUGAAGAGGAUGAACGAGUCCUCGAAGAGACGCCUCAUGCUCGGCAUGCAGGGGAAAAAGAAAAGUCGGCAGGCCUCAACGGCACCGGCGCCUUCGGGAGGCGUGGAUCCUGACGAUCUGACACUCAACGAGCGUCGUCGCCAGAUGCAGGCUGAGUCGGCGCGUGCCGAAGCUACUGAGGCUGGUCCAUCCCCUGGCCGAGUUCCGCCUACCGAGGGCACCUCCUCCAGAGCGGCAGGCAAGAGGCCGUUUACCGUGGACGUUGAUGCCGACCCCGCUCCAAAACGCGGGCGACAAACAGAGCCUGCACGGGCCGUUUUCUCUGCCGAGGACGACGAGGCCCCUUCCGAGCUGUGA